AUGCCGAUGAGCAACACCGGCCGGAGGCGGAGGAGCACGAGGUCCGUAGCCCCUUCGCGGACCACCUCUCCGUCGCCUUCUGGCCGCCGAGAACCGCAGCCGCCGUCCCGGCUUCCCCAGUGGAAGUUCUCCCAGGUCCUCGGUGAACUGCCGCCCGCCGCCGAAGCCCACCGCGACGGCGCUCCCCGUCCCCAGGAUGACGACGGUAUCUAUCAAUUAAUGUCUGCAAACUCAAACCUCAGAGCUAGCCGCAGCAUUUUUGUUGGUUGCUGGACUGAUCGGUGCUUUCGCACGCGUGCUUCAGCGGACGAAAUCUCGGCCGUCGAGUUCGACGGCCGCGGCGAGUACCUGGCCGCCGGUGACAACGCCGGGCGCGUCAUCCUCUUCCGGAUGACCGACGACGACGACGGCGACGGCGCGCGGCCUCGCGCGGAGCUUGAGCGCGCCGACCGUACCGGAGCUCCGUCGCCGAGGUACAGCUACGCGACGGAGUUCCAGAGCCACGAGCCGGUGCUUGAGAUCAGCAAGAAGAUCAAGAGAGUGAGGUGGUGCGCGCGGCCCAACAGCUCCCUGCUCAUGCUCGCCGCCAAUGACCGUACGGUCAAGCUCUGGAAGGUCUCCGAAUACAAGAAGGCGCCGAAGAAAGGGAAAGAUCGGUCGCGUUGGGGGGGCACCACGGCGGCGUUGUCUCUGAAAGAACCCUAUUAUUCUGAAUCUGAAUGGGCAGCCACGAAGCCGAGGGGUUCGUCUGGAGACCCUGACGAACGUCCUGAAAAGGGAGGUGAUGUCGGAGAUGGGUACUCUGCGAAAUGCCGGAGAGUCUUCGGUCGCGCUCACGAGUUCAACAUCCACUCCAUCUCGAAUAACUGCGACGGGGAGACGUUCGUGUCCGCGGAUGACGUGAGGAUCAACCUGUGGCACCUGGAGGUGACGAGCCAGUGCUUCAACAUCGUGGACACGAAGCCCGAGGACAUGGAGGAUCUCGUAGAGGUGAUCACCACGGCCGAGUUCCACCCGUCGUCCUGCAGCCUGUUGGCCUACGGCAGCUCCAGCGGCCUCGUCCGGCUGGUCGACCUGCGUCGAUCGGCGCUGUGCGACCACAGCGUGAGAAUAUUACAGGACCGCGAGAACCGCCCUCAGCCCAGCACAUUUUUCACUGAGAUCAUAUCUUGCACCACCGAUCUAAAGUUCACAGGCGACGGAAAAUACCUUUUAACUCGCGACUACAUGAACCUCAAGCUCUGGGACCUGCGCGUGGAAACCUCACCCGUCGCAACAUACAAAGUGCACGAGUUCCUUCGCCCAAAGCUGUCGGAGCUGUACACCGACGACUACAUUUUCGACAGGUUCAGCUGCUGCGCCAGCAAGGACGGGGCCUACUUCGCUACUGGAUCUUACAGCAAUACCUUCAAAGUUUUCUCCCGUGCUGCUGCGCAGACUAGCGGCACUACGUUGGAAGCUAGCACCAACCCUUACAGGAUACAAUUACAAGCUCCUACAAAGAUUCCAGCGCUGCUCGGCAAUUUCUCUCUUGGAGUUAAUAGAAAAGGUCAGGAUGGUCCGAUGUCAGACGGCAAGGAGGAAGUUGCAUGCAACAUGGCAUCAAAGGUGAAGCAUCUAGCAUGGCACCCGGCAGAAAACUUCAUAGUUUGUGCAGCCAAUAACAGCUUGUACAUCCUGGAAGCACGGAAGGGGAAUGCUGAUGCAGGAUUUCCUCAUCUUAGAUGGGCUGUCACGUUGAGCUGCAAAUUGGGGGAGUUUUCAACUGGAGUUCCUGUUUUGAAAGGAUUUUCACCUGGAUUUCCUUUCUUGAAAGGACACUCAACUGGAAGACUAAUAAGGAUCUUGCUUUUCUCCAGUGGGCUAUCGUUUCCGCCCACAAACCCUGGAGAGCUUUCAUCUGGAGUUGACACGCCUAGCUGCAAAUUGCAGAGAGUUUUCAGCUGGAGUUCUGAUCAGGAUCUUGUUCUUCUCCAGUGGGCUAUCUUUUUCACCCGCGAACCGCAGAGAGCUUUUGGCUGGUGUCAUGCUCAGCAUCUUGCAUUCCUCAGAUGGGCUAUCCAUUUUUCCAAAAAGCAUGCGGCUCUUUUCUGGGCUUCUACCCAGGAUUCCGUGAACCUAGGCUCAACAGGAUCAGAAUCUAUUGUGGUGGCCUCACCCACAUGCAGAGAACCAUGCUCUACUCCAAACUGGUCCCUUGAUAUCUUCAUCUUCUUCAGUAUACGAGGUUCAUAA